AUGUACGUGGUUGGCGCUGUCUCGCCGGCAGGCUCUGUUGUCUUGGCUGGCAGGAGUGGCACAGAGGUCGAUGCCAUGCGGCGAGACAAACGCUACAAUGCACCACAGCAGAGAGACGAUGGGCCGGAGUCGCUGGAGGACGGGCUUGAAAUCCCAGGGUUCCCAAAACCAAGCAAGCCGGAAGGGUUCACGGGCAACUUACAGGGACACCUCGAGAAGCUCUCCUCGAACGCGAGGUCGAUCCACCAUGUCCUCGAGACCUUGUGCGGCGGCUUGGACCGCUUGGAAAAAAAGAUGGACACAAACUCUUCACAGGUGGAGGCACGAUUGGCGAACAUAGUCCAUCACAUUAGCGGAGAAGCCGACGAAGACACGAUGAGUGCGUGGAGCAGCAUAGCCGGCGGGGGAGGGGGGGGCGCCGGCUCUCCGACCGACCUAGGAACGGCUCCCUCCCUCCGCCGGCGCGGUUCGUUCGGCAUGCAGAUGGCCUCGUGUAGCGAGGAUUCCCCGUUCGAUUUCCGUAACGACAAAAUCUCUCUUGAUGAGGAACUGGCCAACGUAGGCCGAGAUGGAGAUGAAAGCGAAGAUGUUGUGACAAGCUUUGGGGGCGUUGUUGAACGCGCCAAAGACGUGGCUCUUCAGAACGAAGGAGGAGGGCGAGGAGAGGUAGAGCGAGCGGCAAUACUCACCGCCCCAGGGAAUAGUUCCAGCGCUCAAGCUACCUUGAAACCCACGGUUGUCGCCGCCGGACCGUCGGCGUCAGAAACGCUGGAGAAUACAGACGAGCACCAAAAUCCCAGUGAAGCAAAAGAUCUGUCGUCGAUAUCAUCACCGACGGACACGGGCAGUCCACGCGAAGAGGAUAGAGAGCUCCCAACAGGGCUGGUGUCGGGAGGCGAGGAUACGAACGACCUUCAUCCCCAGAGGAGAAGGAGCAACCAGGACGACCAGAGCGAUGGUUCCAACAGCAAGCUGAACAGCGCCAGGGCCGAGGAAGGCAGGAAUGACGUCAUGGUCGUCUCCAAGCAGGAAAGCUCUGUCGGUGGGGAAAGUGUCCUCGGAGAAGAAGCGGAGGUUCCGGGCGAGGGGAACGAUUUCGUCAAGACUGCUUUCAGUCCGCAAGCAUCGAUAGAUUCUGGGGUCUUGGACUCGAGGCUCAUCGCUAGGCAGCGCUGGAUUUGGGCUUUUGGGCGGAUUUGCCAGCUGGUUCGGCGCAGGAAGAGGAAGCAAUUCGAGAUCAUGUCUCAAAGAGCCACCGACCGAACCGUGCGAAUGGGUUCCCGAGUUUCUGUCGUGGAAAAACGGCUGGACGAGACGACAGAGCACCUGCUAGUGGUGAAUCAACUCAGAGACAAAUCUGGAUCUCACACUGCCCAGAUCAAGAACCUCAACGAAAUGGUUAAGGAGUUGUGCAAAUUGCUCGGCAUGGAGGAGAAGUUCAACGGGAUUGUGCACGCCACAAAGAAAAUGGUGGAAGAGAAGUUCAAGUCGGACAUGACGGAGUUGGAGACAAGACUUGCCAGCGGACACCGCGAGCUAGAGACAAGCCUUGAGAGCGAGAUUAGACGCAACGGGACCAAGCUGGAAGACAUGGACGACCGCUACGCCAGAAGCGAAGAGGCUCUUCGGCGUGCCGAGGAGAGAAUAGGAGAGGUUCAGGAGGAGAUGCAUGCGGUAGGUGAAAGCAUCUCGGACGUAGAAAGGAGGCUGAGAGUGGACGAGGACCGAUUGGGCAGCCUCGAGAACCUCAAGAAGGCGCACCAGCGACGAUUGAGCGAACUAAGGGUGCAGCUUGAGAGUGGCACGCCGGCCGCUGGAGGCGCUGUUCCCAUCGAAACGGAACCUGAGGAGACCGACGCAGAGCGGAUGGCCCGCCUCCUUAAAACGGCGGGUACUGCAACUGAGUUCCUCGCUGAAGACCUCGACAAGAUACUCGACAGCAACGGCGGUAACGCGGGCGACGCAACAGCGACAGCAGCAGACAACGCUGAGGCCAACCACGAACUGGGUCAAGUUCUGUCCGCUCGGUCCAGCGCCAGCAACGUCGAUCACGCCUUGCAAGAACUCCGGCAUGUGUCUGUCAAUGCGGUAGAGUGCUCGCGUCUAUGCAACGACGUCGCGAGUGCCAGUGGUCAGGCAGAAAGGGACGAAAUCGGGCCGGACGGCGGCGGAGCCGGUAGCGACUCUAACGUCGAUGCUGCAGUCCGUCGUGUGGAGGCUCUCUGCGGACACAUACAAGACCUGCUUUCCACUCAAGACAAAAAUAUCAGCAGCAGUAAGAACAAGGCAGAGCUAUCCGCAACCGGCGAGAUUGAACGGCAGGGUUCGCUGGAGGGAAAUGGCGGGGUGGGGCUCAAGAUCGACGACAUUGUGUGCCCCAACGGUCGGAAAGACCUAGUCCAGAGGCUAACCGCCGCGCGCGAUGCUCUCCUUCCCGUCAUCGGCGAGCGGAGCAGCGUGGGUAGUCUGCGGGUCGCCUUCCUGGGGCUUACGGCAAGCGUCCGAGCAAACCUCGAGGAGAAGCAGGCUCGCGAUCUGAUGGAGGAGCGGUGGAACGACCUUCGCGGUCGGGUGUCCGGCCUGGACACCUCCGUCUCCGACAUCAAGGACUCCCUCCACGACGAAGGCCACCACCGGUACGGCAGCUUGGACAUGGACAGUGACAACGGCGAAGACCUGGAGGAGCGCCUUGGGUGCAAGGCGGACGUGUCGUGGGUCCAGCGAGAGCUGCAAAGGUUGUGGGACGCGCUGAACGCUCGCGCAAUGGCCGCGGUCGGGGCGAUGUCGCCGAGGACGGGAGCGGGGGUUACGGAGGGACAUGGCGGGGAUCCCUCCCGCCCGCGGUCCGCGCCGCCGACCAACUACGACAAGGAGAACCACAACCCGGAGACAGCGGGACAGGAGGAGGGUGACCUCGAUGCAUCGCCGUCUCAAGCGAACAGCCGCGUGAUAAGCGGAUCGUUGCCGUCCUCGGCCCUCUCGACGGCGCUUGGUGGCGGCGGCGGCGGCGGCGGGGGAGGGUCGCAGGGAGCUGUGGGCGGGCGGAGGGCCAGCUUCAACGAGGGGGCGUCACUGAUCAAGGACUUGAUGAAGAAAACUUCACGCCUGGAGCAACAGAUGGCAACGAAGGCCGACAACGAAGAGGUGAUGAAGGCGCUAGCCUCCGUCGGCAACAAGCUGCGAAAGGUCGGCAUUGUCAUCCCCGCGAUGCAAGAGGAGCUAGCCAACAAGAUCGAGAGGAAAGACCUGGCCAAGCUGGUCUCCAUGGUAUCAAACGGCGGCGGCACCGGCGAACCGCCGCCGGGCGGACACGAAGGACCCCACAACAACGGUGACGGCAGCGCCGUCGUCGCCUCUCGCCUCAAUUCCAAGUUCCGCUGCCUCUCCUGCGACCGCCCUCUUCCCGCCCUGGGCCCCCCGGGGCCGCCGAAGCUCGGCGCUUCCGGGCUGUCGAUGGCGGGGGCCGGGACCCCGCGAAGCCCUCAAAAAACGAGCAGCCAGCAGCGGCUGAAGCUAACCGCCGCAGAAGAACCGGGGGCUGACAAGAACUCCCGGCCGGGCAGUCCGGCGACAACGUCGCCGGCAGUGGAGGACGUGGGAGACGUUGCUGGGUGGGGCAGAGGGAGUUCUAACAUGAUGAUUCCGGGAGGAGCUUCCGACAUGGAGAGCGCUUACGGGAACGGUGGCAAGGACGCCGGGGCGAGACGCCGCCAGAAACAGCAGCACCGGCAGCACCACGAGAUGGAUCAGCCGCCCGGGCGCCUGGAGCCUCUGGGUGCCAACGGGGAGCACAUGGCGGGAGUGUUGUCGCGGUACCCGAGGAUGAUGCCGCCGCCGAGCAGAAUCCGGACCGCUGCCGGGGGCGGCAUCGGGUCUAGGCCGUCGUCUUCGUCGGGAGGCCGCAUUUGA